UGUGUGUGUGUGUGUACUGUUAAUUUUAUAUUAUUUGAUAUCCAUACUGUGUAUUCAUAUCCUCGAAUGCAAUAUUUUGUGUAUCGGAGUUGCGAUUUUUUCUAGUCCCACGAAUUCUCGUGACCCUUAUUGUACUUAAUUUUCGCACCUCGUGCGAAAAUAAAACUUUCGCGUCUUUUGAACUCGAAAAGAACGCUGAACGAAGAGCGCAAAAUUACUGAAAUGCGUACAAAUCGCGAUUGCUUUGAGUUUGGGUUUUGAAUUAAUUUCCACCGAGGACCUAUAAUAUUAUAUGACAUUACAUGUAGUUCUUAUCUGCGCGCGCGCGACGUCUCGAGUUUAGAUAACGGAUAUAGAGACAAUCGCACACUUGAAUGAGCGACAACACAUACACGCAAAAUGCAAUUAAGAUUAAGAUUCAACUUGAGUUCGUAUCAAAAUUUCAUAGCACGUUACCUUUCACAUUUGCGAAUAAAAUCAAUAUCUUUCUUUCUCGUUUGUUCAAUUCAAGUGUAUCAGGAUUCUUUAAAAGUAGUCGAGACUAUCCUGAACCACACGGGCAAGUUAGCGAACGGCGAUAUUUGAGAUUCGCCAUUUCGCUCGCGACCGGAAUUGGCAUUAAGAGUGCUGGUGCUCUCGUAAAGUAAAACUGUGUAAAAACUAAUUUGACAAACAAAACGCGUUAUCAACCGUACUUUCUUAUCAAUCCUAUAAAUACGAGAGUACGUCUCACCCGAGUUGCACUCUAAUAAUAAAUGAUAACGUUGCCGGUACCUCACACGACUCACGUGCACGUGCGUUUUCCGCGAUAAGAAUUAUAAGAAAAUGUUAUCGGCGGUAAAGUCCGAGAUAGAUAUGCGCGAGGUGAAGGCUCCGAGGAAUAUUAUCGUGGACUGUGACGCCGGUAUCGACGACGCUCUGGCCUUGAUCGUUCUCUUAGCUGGUCACACAGACGGGAGAAUCCACGUUAAAGCCAUCACCUGUGUUAACGGUAACACCAAAGUGGACAAUGUCGUGAGAAACGUGUUCAGAACGCUCAACGUAUGCAACUGCACGGAUAUACCCGUUUAUCGAGGAGCGUAUUCGCCUCUGCUGGAUACUCCAAAUGCGAAGGAAACGGCAUUGGAGCAGUAUCACGGAACUGAUGGAUUCGGAGAUGCGUUUGCCGACGACCCGGACACGAGUAAACUUCAACAAGAGCAUGCCGCGUGCGCGUUACACAGAAUCACGUCGGAGGAUCCAGGUAACAUUUCCGUGGUCUGCAUCGGUCCCCUGACGAACAUAGCGAUGGCUAUGAAACUGUAUCCAGAGUUUGCGGACAACGUGAAGGAAUUUUUUGUGAUGGGUGGAAAUUCAACUGCACAGGGUAACAUAACUGCGCAAGCGGAAUUUAAUUUCUACGCGGACCCGGAAAGCGUGCACAUCGUACUCAACAGCAACAACAAGCCUCUAUGGUUGUUACCAUGGGAGUCCUGCUUAGAGACCAGAAUUACACAUGAAUGGCGAAGGGACGUGUUAGGCAAAAUAGACAAACCCUGCGUACAUAUGAUGAACGCAAUCGAGGACAGCAGACGCUCACAAGCGAAGAAGCAUUUUCCUUAUUAUACUAUGUGCGAUGCUUUCUUAGCCGGAAUCGUGUUGAUACCUCAUAUGGCCAAGAAUGUCGUCGCAUGGCACGCGGACAUCGAAUUGAUCGGCAAUAGAACUCGGGGCCAAGUUGUUCUCGAUCAUCUGUUGUCGAACAAACCGAAUGUGAAUUUGAUACACGGUUUUGAUUCGGAGAUUUUUAAGAAAAUUUUACUGGAUGCAGUGAACACGAUUCGUGAUUAACGGGAGCAAUAACAAACACAUGUAUAGAUGAGAAGAGACUAGAGAAUUUAUUUUCAAGAUCACGUUAAAGAAAACGAUAUGGAUUUAAUGGCUCUUGUACCUGAUUUUACAACGGCACCACGUAUCCAGGUAUGCGAUCAUCAUCCAGGAGAAAUGCCAAGAAGACAGAUUUUUAUUCUAAUUUCAUACUCACUCAUUAAUAUUUACUUGUAUGUAGUAUUCGAAACUUGUCCAAGUAUUAAAAUUAGUUUUCGAAAUAUGUAUAUAUAUAUUGCAUAUUACAAUAUAUUGCAAUUAAUUUAUUUUAUUUCGAAUUGCAUUUUAAAAUAAAAAUAUAUCGCGUUUAUGUAAAUUUAUCUUUCUUUUUCCUAGAUAGAAAAUUAGGUGAGAGUGCGAUUUUUAAUCGGAGUCGGAACGUGUGUAUUCCAACUCUCACUUAACUUUCUUCUACCUGAUUAUUUUAGAAAAAAGCUAAAAUUAUGAAAGCAUAGGUAUUUCGAAGUGUUAUUCAAAAUAAAAUAAUGUAAAUAAUUCUUUUCUAAUAAUUGUUAUCGCGUGUCUUUAAACAAAUUUGUUACAUAAUUUAAAAAAAAUGUUAAUUGUAAAGGAACUGUAAAGGUUUUAUAUCUUUACAUGGACUGGAAUAAAAGAAUAUUUUGGA